AUGGAGACUUCCAACCACAGAUAUUUCAAUGUGAUUGGGUCUGAUCCAGAAGGUAGAUUGGGUGAAGCACCAAGGCUUGAGCUGCGAAGCAUGGAAGAAUCUCUGGUGCUUGCUUUGAUGCUGCACGUGGCAUCAUGCCUGGAACAUACUACAAAACCUCCAAUGGAACUUGCGUACGAGAUUACAUUGAUCUCACUGACUUGGUUGAUGGUCAUGUUAAAGCUCUCCAAAAAGCAAAACCCCCUAAAGUCGGAAUCUACAGUACUGUUGGUACCGGGAAAGGUAGCUCGGUGUAAGAGUUUGUUGAGGCGUGCAAGAAAGCGACUGGCGUUGAGAUCAAGAUCGAUUACUUGCCUAGACGCCAAGGUGAUUACGCUGAGGUUUAUAGUCACCCUAGAAAAGAUCGGGAAAGAACUUAACUAG